CAAGCUUCGGAUUCUCGCGCUGUGCCCUGGCUCCUCUGGAUGCGUCACUACAUAUAACCUGCGGUGGGCGAGCGUGCAAGCGACGAGAACACAGAACCAGAACGCACUGGAAGCUGGCUCGGCGACCACGGCCGGACGUGGCAUUCUCAGUCUGCACAUGUUUUGUCAUGGCUAAGAACAAGACGCUGCCGGGCAAUGCUGCCGAAGACCUGGUGGGCGAGGUUGUCCAAUUGGAGUACGACCACACUCCCCUCAAACAGAGCUGCUACCUUGGUGCCGACAACAGCGAUGCCGAGCCUGCGUCCCCAGCGACAAGGGCAUCUGUUUUAAUGGAGGAAGCACAGUCGCGUCUCGUGUUCGCUCAACACGGGGACGUCACUGUGGCCUCAGAAGGUGCCCCAUGCAAGUACCCCAUUUCACGUACGGCUGCACUAUUUGAUCUCUCUGCCUUUGUGGCAUCAAACCGCCGCAAUGAUGUCUCCGACAUAUUGGGCAAAGAUGACAUAUCUGUGGCAGAUGCAUCAUGCAUCCUGGCCCAUCUGUCCCUGCUCCCAGUGGUGCAACUUGUUCCAACACGAGCGACGUAGGCAUGGGGAACGGCGUGAAAGAGACGGGCAGCGCGGGAGGUGUUUGUGCUGCCAGCAACAUUUCAAACAAGGCUGGGCAAUUCGAUCUCUCCGCCUUCGUGGCAUCGAACCACCGCAAUAAUGCCUGCGAUAUAAUG